AUGGAGCCAGUCACGGUCCUGGUGCUCACUGUCUCCUGUCUGCUUCUCCUCUCACUCUGGAGACAGAGCUCUGGGAGAGGGAAGCUCCCUCCUGGCCCCAGGCCUCUCCCAAUUAUUGGCAAUUUCCUCCAGAUAGAUGUGAAGAACAUCAGCCAAUCCUUUACCAAUUUCUCAAAAGCCUACGGCCCUGUCUUUACUCUGUAUUUUGGCACACAGCCCACUGUGGUAUUGCAUGGCUAUGAGGCAGUGAAAGAAGCACUAAUUGAUCAUGGGGAGGAGUUUUCUGGAAGAGGAAGGCUCCCAGCUGUGGAUAAAGUUGUUAAUGGCCUAGGAAUCACUUUUAGCAAUGGGAAUAUAUGGAAAGACAUGCGACGUUUUUCCCUCAUGACCCUGCGGAAUUUGGGCAUGGGAAAAAGGAGCAUGGAGGGCCUUGUUCAAGAGGAAGCACAGUACCUUGUGGGGGAACUUAGGAAAACCAAUGGCUCACCCUGUGAUCCCACCUUCAUCUUGGCCUGUGCUCCCUGCAAUGUGAUCAGCUCAAUUAUUUUCCAGAGUCGUUUUGAUUAUAAAGACCAGGAUUUUCUUAACUUGAUGGAAAAAUUACAAGAAAACAACAAGAUUUUGAGCUCCCCCUGGAUACAGGAAAACUGCAAUUACCAGUUGAACUAUACACUUGAAAAUCUGGCAGUAACUGUGACCAAUCUGUUUGCUGCUGGGACAGAGACAACAAGCACAACAUUGAGAUAUGCUCUCCUGCUCCUGCUGAAGCACCCCCAUGUCACAGAAAAAGUCCAGGAAGAGAUUGAUCGUGUGGUUGGUCGACACCGCAGCCCCUGCAUGAAGGACAGGAGCCACAUGCCCUACACAGAUGCCAUGAUUCAUGAGGUCCAGAGAUGCAUUAAUCUUGUCCCCAGCAAUAUGCCACGUGCAGUAACCUGUGACAUUAAGUUCAGGAACUACUUCAUCCCCAAGGGAACAAACAUUUUAAUAUCACUGUCAUCAGUGCUGCGUGACAACAAGGAAUUCCCCAACCCAGAAAUGUUUGACCCUGGCCACCUUCUUGACAAGAAUGGAAACUUUAAGAAAAGUGACUACUUCAUACCCUUCUCAAUAGGAAAACGGAUGUGUGCAGGAGAGAGCCUGGCCCGCAUGGAGUUGUUUCUCUUUCUGACCAACAUUUUGCAGAACUUCAAGCUGAAACCUCCCAUUCACUCAAAAGACAUUGAUACAACCUCAGUGGUCAGGGGAUUGGCUUCAGUGCCUCCUUCUUUACAGCUCUGCUUCAGUCAGGUCUGAAGAAGAUCAGAUGCCUGGCUCCUGCUGUGUUGUUUCCUCAAAUCCCAAAGCCUACCUUUACCACUUUCCCCGUGGGGACACUGAGUCCUUCCCUCUUCUCACAGCUUCCAUUCUGGCAAGGCCCAGGAAUAUCAGUUCUCCUUUUUAAAUUCUCUGAAGACUCUUCCUAUCAUUCCAUAGUCUCUGUUACACUGUUACUAUCCCUUGUGCUCACCUGCACUGAAAUCUACAUAAUUAAUAUGACUUUCAUGUAAAAACAGAUAAAUUCUUACCAUAUAAUAAUUCAUAGUUAUGUGUGUGCUUUCUACAUGUUACUGAUAAUAACAUUAUCAGUUUGUAUGACUCUUCUCAGAGUUGCCUUCAGUUCAUCUAAAAAUGAAAGAAAACAGAGUCUCUGAAGGUCUUUCUGCUCCACAUCUCAAGAAGCAUAGAGUAUGUAGAGGAGGAAUCUAUGGAGAUUGCUCAGUCAGCAGUGUUCUUACCAUACAGGUCUAAGAACAUAAGUCUAUACCCAAUACAUAUCUUAAUGGACAGAGGUGAUGGCAAGUACUUCUUACACCAAAGUGGGAGGCAGAGCCAGAAGCAUCUCAGGGUCUAGCUAUUCAUCCAGCCUAAUUGACAAACUCCAGGUCCCAGUGGGAUGCCUUGUACAAAAACCAAUCUUUGGAGCUCCCAAGGAGCAACACCAGUAUUAAACGCUGGCUCUCACAUGCUCACACACACACACACACACACACACACACACACACACACACACACCAGUGUGCACUCUUCCUCUAUGCACACAUAUGAAAGAGAAGGUAGUGGGGAGGAAGGAAUGAGAACGGUCUUUGGCUGAGUGCCUCCUGAAGCUCCUGGAAGUAUUUGUAUUUGAUACAGACAAUUAGUUACCAGGAGUAACUGCAUCCUUUAGAGAAACAGGGUGAAGACAAGUCACAGAGAAGAAUACACAUGCAGAAUGAAGGUCAGGUCCUGCUGGCAUCAGGAACAAAACAGAAACAAUUUAAAUAUAUUUUUGAAUUGCUGUUUCUGGCUUAGAGCUGAAGAUGUAUUUUCUUUUCCAAUUGCUACUCAUAUACUCUGAGCUCCUCUCUUCUCUCUAAACAAAAUAAAUUACCACGCUGCAUCACCUUUCUAUUACUUCUAGAUGCUACAUUCCCUUCCCACUGCAUUGAAUGUUACUAAAUGAGAAGUGACAUCACUCAUUAGACCUUCCUGUCUCAGUCCCAAAGGAACCACUUCGUCUGGUUUUCUAUGCCUCCUCAUCAGUGCCUAAUGCAGCCAUAUGCCUAUAUAUGCAUGAGCACACAAGCAUAAAUUCACACAAGCUAUGAAAUCUACACAAAUGAUUGUGGUACAAAAAGUUGUUCUUUGAAAAUUAUUCAAAUAUAUCUUUCACAAUUAGAUAUAUUUCCACUAAAGUAUAUCACAGCAAAGACUUUAAAAUAUUAAAACCACAAGAGAGAAUUACCUUUUAUUUCAUUUAAUUUUAAGGAAGUGUUGAAAAGUGGGGUAGGAGAAACUGAUAAGCUGUCAAGAGGCUUACUGCUCUUGGAAAGGAAUGGAGUAAGAUUUCCAUUGCCCACAUCUGGCAGUUCACAAAAGUCUUAUAAUUCAAGCAACAUGAGUGCAACACACCCUUCUGACCUCUUCAGACACCUGCUUAGAAGUACACAAACAAGUACAGACACAAACAAUAAAUAAAAUAAAGUAAAUCUUCAAAACCUAUACAAUAUUACUUGUAAACAUGCAUCCAAGUAACAUCAUAUUGACUGUGCAAGUUGCAUUUAUGUAUCAGGAAUAUGUAUGAAUAUACACAUAAAUAUAUGUAUACAACAAUUAUUAGUGAAAAAAGAGGCCAUGAAUUUUAUAGAGAAAUGAAAGAGUAUGUUGGAGAAUUUGAAGGAAAUCAAGGGAAGGGAGAAAUGAUAUAUGUAUGUUGUAAUCUCAAAAAGUGAAAUAAAUAAUUUAAAAAUCAAAAUAAAAGCAGAUUAAGCAUAUUUAUAUUCUUAAACAACUUAUAUUUUGGCAGUCAAACUUUUCUUGUUUUUGGAAAUAUACCUUAUGUUUUUAUCAUUAUUUAUAUUAAACUUCUGUUUCAUAAAAUACUGGAAUUUGCUACCAUGUGGAUUGACCAUUCAC